AGUUAAAUCAGCAACGCUCUCUCCAAUUUUCCUCCAAUUUUCUGCCCUACUAGGAUUAAUUUCAUCAGAUAAACAAAGAUGUUCGGAAUGCCACCGAAGAAGAGCGACAAUUCAAAGUACUAUGAGACCUUAGGGGUUCCAAAGAAUGCAUCACAAGAGGACCUCAAGAAAGCUUACCGUAAAUCCGCCAUUAAGAACCAUCCUGAUAAGGGCGGAGAUCCUGAAAAGUUCAAGGAGAUUGCUCAAGCCUACGAGGUACUUAGUGACCCAGAGAAGCGCCAAAUCUAUGAUCAAUAUGGUGAGGAUGCAAUAAAAGAAGGAGGCGGCUUUGGCGGCGGUCACGUUGACCCAUUCACCAUCUUCAGGGACCUCUUCACCGGAGGAGGCAACCCGUUUGGUCAGAGAGAAAGAAAGGGUGAGGAUGUUAUUCAUCCACUCAAGGUCUCUCUGGAGGACCUCUACAAGGGAAUCUCUAAGAGGUUGUUGAUUUCGCGGAAUGUGCUAUGCUCUAAAUGCAAGGGGAAGGGCUCAAAAUCUGGUGCUUCAUCAAAAUGUCCAGGUUGUCAAGGGUCUGGAAUCAAAGUUUCUUUCAGGCAGAUAGGUCCCGGUAUGGUUCAACAAAUACCGCAGCCUUGUAUUACUUGUAAAGGAACCGGCGAAACGAUUAAGAUGAAUGACCGGUGCGAAAGCUGCAAAGGGGAGAAGGUUGUGAAGGAAAAGAAGACGUUAGAAGUCGUGGUGGAGAAGGGUAUGCAGAACGGGCAGAAGAUCACAUUUUCCGGCCAAGCCGAUGAAGCUCCCGACAUGGUUACAGGGGACAUAGUUUUCGUCCUACAACAGAAAGAGCACCCUAAGUUUAAACGAAAACACGACGACCUCUUCUACGAGCACAAAUUGUCACUAACCGAAGCCCUUUGCGGCUUCCAAUUUGUGCUGACUCAUUUAGAUGGCAGGAAGCUUCUAGUCAAAUCCCAAACCGGAGAAGUAAUCAAGCCUGAUCAAUUCAAGGCUAUAAACGAUGAAGGAAUGGUGAUUUACCAAUGGCCAUUCAUGAAGGGGAAACUGUAUAUCCACUUUACUGUCGAAUUCCCGGAUAAACUGGUUUCAGAUCAGUGCAAGGCUCUUGAAAGCAUUUUGCCUAACAGGAGUAAAGUUUCCGACAUAGAAUCCGAGGAAUGUGAGGAGACUACACUUCAUGAUGUCAACAUUGAGGAAGAGAUGCGUAAGAAGGACCAACAGGCAGCUCAAGAGGCGUAUGAAGAAGAUGACCAUAUGCGUGGUGGUGCUCCGGUCCAAUGUGCUCAGCAGUAA